UUUAUUAAUAAUACCAACAACAACCACCAAAAAUGACCACCGAUGCUAUCUACACUCGCCCGGGACCCAACCGUCUAUUGGCCAGUGAGGUAUAUCGCACCACCGAUGUAACACAACCCGUUAAAAUACGCAUGGCCAAAGAAGGCUUGGGCGCCGAAGAGCCCAUUUCCAUACCUGGCCUAUUGAAGCGUACUGUCAACAAUUAUCCCGACUAUCCAGCUUUGAGAUCAAAGAACUCUAAAAAGGAAUACACAACAGUUACUUACAGACAAUAUGAACAAAAAGUUCAUCAAACCGCCAAAGCCUUUAUGAAAUUGGGCUUGGAAGCCCAUUGCGCUGUGGGUGUUUUGGCCUUUAAUUGUGCCGAAUGGAUGUACUCGGCCAUGGGCUCCAUACAUGCGGGAGGUGUAAUUGCGGGCAUUUAUACCACCAACUCGGCCGAUGCUGUUUUGCAUGUCCUCCAGGAUUCACAUGCCCAAAUUGUGGUGGUCGAUGAUGCCAAGCAAAUGGAGAAGAUUCAUGCCAUUAAGGAUAAAUUGCCAAAUUUGAAGGCAGCCAUACAAAUCCAGGAGCCUUAUGCACCCUUCAUGAAGAAGGAGGAUGGCUAUUAUAGGUGGUCUGAAAUUGAAAGCAUGAAUGUUGCCGAUAUGGAAGAUGAAUUCAAGAAGCGUUUGGAAAAUAUUGCCAUCAAUCAAUGCUGUUGUUUGGUUUACACUUCUGGAACCGUGGGCAUGCCAAAGGGCGUCAUGCUUAGCCAUGAUAAUAUCACCUUUGAUUGUCGCGCCAUCACCAAAUCCUUGGAACGUGUUGUCGUUGGCUCCGAGGUGUUUGUCUCCUAUCUGCCAUUGUCUCAUGUGGCUGCCCAGACGGUUGAUAUCUAUACCAUGGCCUCGAUUGCCGGUUGUGUCUAUUUCGCCGAUAAGGAUGCUUUGAAGGGUACUUUGGUUAAAACCUUACAAGAUGCUCGUCCCACAAGAUUUAUGGGUGUGCCUCGUGUCUAUGAGAAAUUCCAAGAACGUAUGGUGGCCGUUUCCGCAUCCAGUGGCAGUUUUAAGAAGAUGUUGGCCGGCUGGGCCAAAGGUGUGACUUUGAAGCAUUACAUGGAGAGUCAAGGCAAAAAUGGUGGAUUCCGCUAUAAGAUUGCCAAAUCUUUUGUUAUGUCCAAAGUCAAACAGGCUUUGGGCUUGGAUCGUGUCAUAACCUUGGUCAGUGCCGCUGCUCCCAUGUCUCCCGAAACCAAAAAGUAUUUCCUUAGCUUAGAUUUGAAGAUUUUGGACGCUUUCGGAAUGUCAGAGACAGCUGGCUGUCAUUCUUUGUGUUUGCCCGAUACCACACAAUUGACUUCCAUUGGCAAAACCUUGGGCGGCUGUGAGACCAAGAUCAUCAACAAGGAUGAUAAUGGUCAUGGUGAGAUUUGUAUUCGUGGUCGUCACGUCUUCAUGGGUUACAUUGACAACAAGGAGAAGACCGAGGAAGCCUUGGAUGACGAAUGCUGGUUGCAUUCCGGCGAUGUGGGUUACAUUGACGACAAGGGAUAUGUCUACAUCACAGGCAGAUCCAAGGAAAUUAUUAUCACAGCCGGUGGUGAGAACAUUCCUCCAGUGCAUAUUGAAAAUUUGAUCAAGAAAGAGUGUGAUGGCAUCUCCAAUGCCUUCUUGAUAGGAGAGCAACGUAAAUACUUGACUGUAUUGGUAUCGAUAAAGACCGAAAUGGACAAAGACACCGGAGCACCCUUGGAUGAAUUGAGCCACGAAUCGUUGAUGUGGAUGAAAAACUUGGGUGUUAACCACAAGACCCUUUCCGAUAUAUUGAAUGCCGGUCCCUGCCCCAAGGUCUACAAAUCCAUUGAGGAUGCCAUUAAGCGCGCCAACAAACAUUCCAUUUCCAAUGCCCAAAAGGUGCAGAAAUUCACCAUCUUGCCUCAUGACUUCUCUAUUCCCACCGGUGAGCUGGGGCCCACAUUGAAGGUUAAGCGUAAUGUGGUCAACAAGCAAUACGAGGAAUUGGUAGAUAAAAUGUACGAAUAGGAAUUUUUUUUAGGACCCCCUUAUUGUUUUAAUUUUAAAUAUUUUGUUUAACUAAUUUUAACAAUUUUGGUGAAUGGAGAAAUAUUUUCCCCUAUUAGGACCAAACAUUGAAAAUUGCCACAAAAACCAAAAAUGAAACCAAGAACAUUUUAUGUUCCAUAAGUUAAAACCUUCCCUUUUCCUUUGCCACCCCUAGCUGAAGAGGUGGUAGGUACAAAAGGCCCAGAGCUUAUUAUUUAUUAUAAUUUUACUUAAUUUUGACUAUUUUUGCUUUAAACAAUGUGUAUGAAGUUACUAUGGAUUAACUACUAUUAGAUUUAAUGCAGAUUUAACUACAAAACCAAAUGAAAUUAUGUAAUUGAUGAAUUUAGCAACUCCACUCCACUUCACCCACCCACACUACACCCCCACUACUACCACCACCUAUCUAACCCCCAUACAUUGAUUGAUUUCUAUUUUACUAUGCUUGGUAUCGGCAUAAUUCCUUAGCCAUGAAGACUUGCACGCUAAGCUAAUGCAUACAUAUAUCUAUACACGAUGUAUUAUAUAUGUAUAUAUUUUCUGAUUCAUCUUAAGUAUAAGUAUAUGAAAACAAAAAACAACUCCAGUUAUGUUUAAAUUUUUUAAAUACAUUGUUGAACUAUUAUUUUAAGGAAUA